UUACCGUUCCCUGAGGGAGUAAAAGAGCAGGACCAAACAGCAAAAAACAGCAGGUUUUGAGAGCAUCAAGUAGGAGAACAUUAACUAGACAGGCAUCAGGCCUCUGUUACUCAAGUGCUCAUGGAAACAGAUACCUGAGCCACAGCCUCCUCGUCCUCCCCCACCAAUGACAUCACACAGCUCUUAUCUGCUGCCAAACACAAAGCCGCAUUUAGCUGGCAGUAAUCAACGCUGUGACCUGACCUGCCAUGCUCUGGAGAUGCAUGAAGAUUCAGGUGUGCUUUUUGGUUCGUUUGAUUGACGUAAUAUGCUGAAAUAAUGGAUCUAUGAGCUCUGUUGGACUCCGCUUGGAGUACUUGAGAUCUGAGUGUCCAGAGUCAUGAAACUUAGUCCUUGUCAAGCCCCAUUAUAUGGCAAGUGUGUGCUAACAGUUCAGCUGUGUGAUGAGGCGCUCGGUGAAGGAGAACAGGGGGAGGUGCAGUUCUUCCUGUUGUUCACUGGCUCUGCGCAGAGACAUCUCGCCAGUACACUGAAGGUCAACCAUGCCACCCUUCAGGCUGUGUGUCCAGCUCAUAACUGCUGUGAGUCGGUGCUGGUCACCCUGUGCUCAGCAGGACCAGAUGGUAACAUUCGUACUCUGGCUACUGAGCACCUACACUUCGUGCAGGACCUGGCCUUCGACAUGGCCCAGUUCCUGGUGAGCACAGUGGGGCAGACAAAUCUGCUGGAGGAGGCUCUGCUACUAGAUGAACAUCAGAUCCCGCUGCAGGAGCGCGAAAAGCUGGACCAGAGCCUGUCCCUGGCCCUUAAACAUAUCACACUACCCCCUGGCUGGAGCCUGCUGGGGAAUAGCACACGCCUGGAACCUCAAGAGACCCUCCUUCACUUCGCAGCCCGCCGCGGUCUCCUCAAAGUGGCCAGAUUUCUCCUCAAGCAGCCAGGGGCCCGAGAGGCCCUCAGCUUGUGUAAUAAACAGGGCUCCACACCAGUAGUCAUCGCCCAGAGUCGAGGACAUACGGCUCUGCUGGAGCUCUUCAGCCGGGAGAGUUUACACACAGACAUUGACGUUGAGACGCUCAGACAGCUCUCCUCCUCGGGCAGUCGUGUGGUGCGGCACCACCCCUCUCUGAACACCUACACCCUAUCUGUGGGCACCCAGCCGGGCGGCGCAACACCCAACCUACAGGUCGACAUCCUGGAACUGUACAGACUGAUCCUUAGCCAUUGUCAAGAGAAGGCGAGUCAGGGAGGAGUUGCCUUUCAGCAGAGCUCAGACUCUCCACACAUUGCCCAAGAAUGUGAUGACGGCCUGGAGACCAGAGAUUGUGGUUGUGAAGAGGCACCGCUCGACUCCCUUAAGACGAGAGAACGAGAGCUCGCUCAUUUUAGCACAGAGGAAAACAAAGGAGAACGUAAUGACCGCCUGGAUCCUUCUCAAAUCAGGGAGGGUGACGGAGGUCCCUCGCUCAGCUGUGAAACUGACCCGGCUCUCCUACACAAUGGUAAUAGCGCAGUUCAGCGGGCGUGUGCUUGUGAAAACAGUGAGACUGAUUGCAAAGAGCAAGAGAAGUAUUCAAAUACUGGAAUAGUUAGUACCAGUGAUGUUGGAGAUAGUAGUGAUGGUUUGCAGAGCGGUUCUGAGAGCAUAGUCAACAGAACCUCUUCCUGCGGACAACAGAAAGGGGAAGCUGAUAAAACAGAUGACUUAAUCUGUGAAACCCUGUUUUUUGCUGAGGGUCCUGAAGAGGAAAAUCAGGAAAAAGGACACAAGUUUUUGAAGGAGGAGCAGCUAUCUGAACGUAGCCCGUUUGUUGAGGCAGGAGAUAUGGGAAUCACUCAGUCUUUGGACACACCGGAGAGCUCGGAUGUUGAAUCUUGUUCUCAGGGUGCAGAGACUGAUGAUGAAGAAGAUGAUGAGUGCGGAGAUUUCAUAGAUCCAGAGGAGGUUCGAGAAGAAAGCAAGAAGCCACUGGAUCUAAAUCCUGAUGGAGAUACACGUUGCUCGCGACAAAAUUUGGUGCAUGCUUGUGAAGAUGUUUGUGAUAAAACAGAUGACACGGUAACCCAACUUGAGGAAGGCAUUUGUGAGAAGAUCACGUGUAGUGUGAAAGGUAGGCAAGAUCUUGAUUCUUCAGGAACCUGUGGUCAAGAAGACACUGAUGAGGAGUUUCAGGAAAGUCUAGAAAUGCCAUACUUUGAAACAGAUGGCAACCAACCGAAGGAAGAACUUAGUGAUACAACCUCAAGGACUACGGUUGAUGAAGAUGAUAGCAUUUUACACAUGCAUGAAGUAAAUCGAGAUCUGUUGCCUGUAGAAAAGACAAUUCCUUCAAUUGAAGAAAGUGAGUUUGACGGACAGAAACUAAGUUCUUCCAGCGUCUUACAAACUGAGCUGAGUCCAGAAUCUGGAUCUACCACAGCAACUAGUGAGGACACCUUUGAAGAUCUAGCGGUUCUUUUAGGUUCUAGUUUUGAGAGGAUGGAGAAGGUUCAGGGGAACCAGAAGAACCAACCUGUUUGGGAAGCUCAGGCAUCAGAGGAGGAAGUUCUUGAGUCAGCGAUUCCCGCAGAUAUGGAGAAAGUGAAUCUCCCAGAUGACUCCUCUCAGGAUCCCAGACAGGAUAUGACCUCAGACAGUGAGGUCAUGUGGGGCACAGCAGCAGUAGACCUUUCAGAAGAGGAUGCGGCUGUAGUUAUUGUAAACGCAGAUGAAUCGGGAGAUCAGCGUGUCUUGGUGGAUCCCUUGGACAUAUUAGCCAAGUCAAAUGAGUUUGGAAUCUCUGAGGAAUGCCUGACAGUCAAUGCAGAAGAUCUGUUAGGUGUUUUGGUCCGCACUGACCAUGUAGAUGGUGCUUUACAUGCCCCAAAUGCUCUUGCUGAAGAAGACGUUAUAGUUUCUUCUGUAUGUCCUGAGCAAGCCCAAGCAAGCUUAGAUCCUUUGUCUCAAGAGACAGAAGCCGCAGCAGAGGAAGCUGUACAACCAAUGGGUGAAGUCGGCCUACUGAAGGAGUCAGAUGCAAGUUUGGAGGAUCAGACUGACUCUCAGAAGACAAUGUGGCCUGAUAUCACAGAAAAAAAAGAAGCACCAGUGAUCCACAGAGACAAAGACACAGUGAGUUCCAGUGAUUCCCAGAAGAGACACAGCUUAUCCACAGAAAGUUCACAGUAUCCUGAGUUUCACACUUGCAAUUCAGAAACGGUCACAUUUCGAGACUCAGGAAGCGAUACAGAUGGAUUUCUCAGUCCCGACACUGGAGAAGACAACAUCUUCAGAAAGGGGCAGGAGGCAGUAGGGGGAGGCGACAGCACGAGCGAGGUGUCCGUCUCCUGCUCCUCCACAGACGACACGGCCAGCGUGGGCCAUCCCAGCUCCUCGGCCGAGAGCUCAGAGGAGGUGCGGCACGGAGGGGAAGCGGAAGAGGAGGCCAAAGACAGCUUAACAGAGGGGCCGCUGCCUACCGUACGCUCGCUCUCUCCCUUCCGCAGACACAGCUGGGGUCCUGGGAAGAACCAGGGAGGGGAAGAAGAGAUGAACCAGCGCAGUUCUGUACGAAGUGCAGGGGAGGAAAAGCCUGUGUUUUACCGAAGAAGUCUGAGCUGGUGCCCCAGUGAACCCUGUCGAGAACUGGAAGAAAUUAGAGAGCUCAUCAGUUAUAGUUUGGAGGGUCUAGCAGCAGGGAUUGAGGAUGGCAAACGUUGGAUACCGCAGUCCGGAGGUCCGUCCGAGAAUCAGAGAGGGGUUCAGAGGCAGGAGAGUGAGGAGAGGGGCUCACUGAAGUCCCUCACAGAAGAAGGUCCCGAGUCCGAUUUGGGAGAAUGCAGCAGUCCAGCUGAACAGAAAUCAAGGAAGUACCAUCAGUUCAGACGCAGUGGUCCCUCUGUGACCCUCCCCCUCAAAAAAUCAGUCUCUAUGCUUUCCAUCAGCCAACGGGACAUAGAUGGCAUGACAUCAUUCACCAGUACCACCAGAUCAAUGGGAUACAGCAUCACAGAGGAGGAACCUGGACCUUUAAGAGGAGAAUUUGAAAAAAGUACCACCAAAGUGAGCCGGACGUUCAGCUACUUGAAGAACAAAAUGUACAAGAAAGCCAGAGAAAGAGAAAAGGAAAAGAAUCGGGAGAAAGACCGAGAGGCCAAAGAGAGAGAGAAGAAAUCAGUGAAUGGACACGUGUUCAGCACGUCAAGCUUGCUGCAUCCAGCUUUGUGCCAGCAAUGCAACAAAACCCUCAACACUAAAGAUACUGUCAACUGCACAAAUUGCAAUGUGAGAGUUCACAAGAGUUGUAGAGAAAACCUCCCAGUUUGUUCCAAAAGCAGAAUGAAGUUUGGGAUACCAGAGUCCACCACUAUGCCUGAAGUCACUCUACGAACAAAAUCGUCCACACUGCGGGAACGGCCCUGGUCAGCUAUCUUUUCCCAAGAGGAACAUUCAGUGAUUGUCCCGUCCAGACGACCCGCCAGUAUUAUGCCCUUCCACGGCAGCAACCUCUCAAAAAGCAUGUCCAUCAACAAUAUUGCAAUGUUUGACGAUGCGCCUCUGAGAAGCAGGUGGUAUCUGUCUCAAUCCACAGACUCCCUCCACAGACCAAUCAAGGUGACCGCGUCCACUGAGUCUCUAGAUGAAGGAACUGAGAUGGUUGACAGCCGGCUGAUGGGAGACUUUGAAACAGAUGCUAAGGAACUGGAGGCUGACUCUUGGAGCCUUACUAUAGAUAAGAAAUAUCUGAAGCAACUCAAAAAGGACGUCAUCAAGAGACAAGAUGUCAUCUAUGAGCUGAUCCAGACGGAGAUGCAUCACCUGCGGACGUUACGGAUCAUGUCUGAUGUGUACAGUAGGGGCCUGCUGACAGAUCUCCAGCUGGAGGGCCAGAUGGUGGAGAAGAUGUUCCCCAUGCUGGAAGAGCUCCUGGAGCUCCAUUCGUUCUUCUUCAGUGCUCUGCUAGAGAGGAAGAAGGAAGGCAAGCUGGAAGAGACGGAUGGAUUCAUAAUCAACAGGAUAGGAGAUGUGCUGGUCAGUCAGUUCUCAGACUCCAAUGCAGAAAGCAUGAAGAAGAUCUAUGGCAGAUUUUGCAGUCGACACAGUGAAGCAGUGAACUUCUACAAGGAGCUGCACGCCAGAGACAAACACUUCCAGGCAUUCAUCAGGAAAAAAAUGAGCAGCAGUGUUGUCCGACGUCUGGGCAUCCCAGAGUGCAUAUUACUGGUGACUCAGCGCAUAACAAAGUACCCGGUGCUUUUACAGAGAAUCCUGCAGCACACCAAAGAGACAGAGAAGGAUUUUGAGGACUUGACGCAGGCACUACAGCUGUUGAAAGAUAUCAUUGCUUCAGUGGAUAAUAAAGUGAACGAGCAUGAGAAAAAGAAAAGGUUGAAAGAGAUCUACGGUCGUAUGGACAGCAAGUCCAUCACGCGGAUGAAGAGUGGCCAGAUGUUCGCCCGAGAGGAUCUGCUGCGCAGUCGCAGGCUUCUCCAUGACGGUCCUCUGCAGCUGAAGAACACUGCAGGGAGACUGAAGGAUGUCCAUGCACUUCUUCUUUCUGAUGUAUUUUUGUUCCUCCAAGAAAAAGACCAGAAAUAUGUUUUUGCAUCUUUGGACCAGCGAGCCACCGUUAUCUCCCUGCAGAAGCUGAUCGUGCGAGAGGUGGCCCACGAGGAGCGCGGCCUCUUCCUCAUCACCGCCGGCAUCGCAAACCCUGAGAUGGUGGAGGUACACGCCAGUUCCCGAGAGGAGCGCAACACCUGGAUGCAGCUCAUUCAGGACGCCAUGCACUCAAUAGAAAAGGAUGAUGAUGAAGGGAUCCCGAGUGAAACAGAAGAAGACAGGAAGCUGCUUGAAACAAAAACAAAAGAAAUGAGAGACAUGCUCCAGAGGAAAGAUGAACAGAUCGUAUCACUCCUGCUGGAGAAGAUGAAGCUUUUCCGUGAAAUGUGCGGCUCGUCCGACGACACCGCUUCAGCGAUCAAAAUGUUCUUCAGGGCCAACAACGAGGACGUCCCCAAGGGGGAACCCGUCAUGAUGGACGCUCUCAGAGAGGUGGAGAUGUUGCAGGCGCUGGUGAACAGCAGUCUGGGAGGGGCGGUGGGACAGCAGGUGGCCUGCGCUCCGGGGAACAUGGGACCCGUGUGUCUGCCACGCAGAGCCGAGACCUUCGGAGGGUUUGACAGCCACCAGAUGAACAUCUGCAAACAUGGUGACAAAGAGGAAGCUGAAGAUCUUCGGAGGACAGAAUCUGACAGUGUACUGAAAAAGGGAGGAAACGCCAACCUGCAGCUCCUGCUGAAGAGAAACAGCGAGCAGAUCCUGACUAGUGUCUCUCACCUUCAUGACCUCCUGAGCUUACUUCAGGCCGUAGUGCUGCAGCAGGACACUUUUAUCGAGGACCAGCGCCAGGCCCUGAGCGAGCGCACCCCGUCCCGCUCCUCCUCUCGUCCCCCGUCGCUGGUGGAGCAGGAGAAACAGCGCAGCUUAGAGCGGCACCGACAGGAGGCCACGGCUCUGCAGCGCCAGCAGGCCGCCCACGCUGAAGAGAAGCGGCGCAAGGAAAAAGAGUGGGAUGUGAAGGAGCAGGAGCUGACGGAUCGCGAGGUGCUGCUGCACGUGAAGGAGGAGGAGAUGCACAGGAGGAACAAGGAGCUGGAGGAGGCGCAGCAGGAGCUGCUGGGGAGGAAGGAGGACUAUCAGAGGGAUCUGGAGAGAUUGAGGGAUGCUCAGAGGAGGCUGGAGAGGGACAGGGAGCAGCUGCAGAGGGAGCUGGAGAGAGUGGAGCACCUCCGCGAGGUGGAGGCUCAGCUUCAGCGCACGCCCUCCAGCACAUCAGAGGACUCCCUGAAGCUCCAGAGCAGCAGCUCCAUCGAGCGAGAGAUCGGGGAGGGCGACUUACCGUCCAGCCCCAGGAAGAACUCUCUGUCCAGGAUGGACUCCAAACAGAAGGGCCGCAGCCUCUUCUCCCUGGGCAGCAAAACCCAGAGCUUAGAAGGACAAAACCCGAUCCCCACACGACUGCUUCAGCUGGCUUCAUCCAAGGAGAAGAAGGACAAAAAGAAGAAGAAGAGUAAGAGCCAUCCUCCUCAGGAUGCAGCAUCACACCUGCUGCCCCUGACAGAGCCUUCAAUGGACGGAGAGAUCUUCUUCUGCUGAUUUACCCAUCAUCCCUUCUGUCCACAUCAUUCCCUCUCAUGGACUCUCUAUUAAAUUGGGAAGACACCCAAAGUGCCCUCUUCACAUUUUUCUGGCAAUCUUUCUACAAAAUAAUAAAUCACACAAAACAUGUCCUAGUCGCAUCACACCCCAAAACCAAAAGAAAAAUGAAAAAAAUAUAUAUUUUGCCAAACCCAAAUUAAUAUAAUCAGACUCUAGGCAAACUUCUACAAUAUAAUCAUUCUCACAAAAUGUUCAAACUCAAAUCAGUAAUAUUCUAGAAUAUUUUUAUUACAUCAUUUUAAUAACAAUUUAGUCCCCAGAUUCUCAUUACCGUAAUGUAUAAAUAGUAGUAAUAUAUUAUUUGAAUUGUAAAGUAUUUAUAAACUAAGGUAAAUCUUGUUCUGCAUUUAAAUAGUGUUUUAUUACAGUAGUUUUUUUGCUGUAAUAAAGAUAGCUCCUUCACAGUAAUGAGAAUAACCAUUGGGAAAAAUAAUUAGUAAUUAUCACCCCUAUUCUAUUUUAGUUCCUCGAAGGAGUCCCGUCUUAGAAAUGCCACGAGCACUUUAACACCAUUCACAUGUUACCCUUGCCCCGGAAAAUGACAAAUCAAUUUUUCAUUUGCAUUCCAAAGAUAAAGCCCUAAGGACAGUUUUUGGGGCAGUUGUAUAACAUACCAUGGCAUUUCGUGCUAGUUUGAGAUUUUCAUCCUUCUGCAUUGAAUUCUUCAUGACUUUAUCAGGACAGAUAAGCUGUAAAUACUGUAUGAACUGUAGACCCCCUGAGGGAUAUUUAAAGCAACCUGCUGGACAGGUAAAAGAGAGAAACAUUCACGCAGGAUAGUGUACCUCACCUAUACAUCCACCCUUAUGGAUCAAAUGCACCAUACCUAAAUAUCAAUAAUGCAAUUAACACCGUUUUUGCACUCAGAGUGUCUUUUUUGCACUCAUCACGUGUGAAUAUUCACCUUGCAAUCCUUCAGGAAUUUGUUCAGCUAGACGUUCUGUUGGCCUGAUUUUGAGUUAUUUAUUGUUCAAUGAGAAUUUUUUUUUUUUUUUUUUUUUAUGUAGUCCAUGCUCUCAAAGUCCCAUUUGCGCAGGCUUGCGUUGCAGCUUUUGCCUGCGCUUACUUGAUUCUUCCAUGAGGGGGCAGCAGAGAAGCGUUUUAUAAUUGAAGGCUCCUCCGUGCAUUUACGUAACCUCUCAGUGAUGAUGUCAGAGGAGACACAGUGACGCAGUGCAGGAAUUUUUAUUUCUUCAUAUGCACAAAGCGAAUCAUUGGUUCGCCAUUUAAGGAAAACGAUGCCUAUGGCCUUACAGAACUGUCAGCGACACUUGUCCUCAGGAACAAACAGGGAAAACUCAGUCCAGACGGGAUACCGCAUUGUUGCCGUCUCUCAUGCGUAAGUGUAAACUUAAGUUGCUUAGCCUUAAAGAAAUGAUGGUGUGCACUAAAAUACAACCCAGCAUUUUCUCAGGAGAAUAGGUUAGUUUUUUCAUCUUUGUUUUGAAAGGAAGGUUUCAUUUGUACAUUGAGGUACAUACGUUUUCUUGCAGAAAAAAGGAAGAAUGAAUACUAUGUAAAUAUUUUAAUAAAUGUUUAAAUGUAAAAUUCUGACAAUGUUGUUUAAUUUGUGAUUAAUUUUGUAAAAUGUGUUUUGUGAGACGUAAGGCUUUAUUUAUCAGUGAUCCCCUUAAGAAGACAAUAUUUCCUCACAUUAAAAGCUGUUGCAAUUUU